AUGGCGGCAGCCGUAGCUCCGAAAGGUGUUAAUACAUAUUUAAGUCAAAAUCAAAAUGUUACGGAUAAAGAAUUGGCUGCUGAAUGGGCGCAGCUCGAAGAAUUAUACAAUAAAAGGCUUUGGCAUCAGCUGACACUUAAAUUAGAAACAUUUGUGAAACAUCCAACUCUUUCGAAAGGAGAUAAUUUGGUGCAAUUAUAUGUCAAUUUUUUGUCUACCUUCGAGAAUAAAAUAAACCCUUUAUCGUUGGUGGAAAUAUUAGCACACGUAAUACAACAGUUUCAAGAUAAACAAGAAGCAAUUAAAUUUUUGGAGAAAACUGAAUCUAAAGUUAAAACUAGCAAUGAAGCAGUUGCUCUCUGCAAGGUCCUUAUUGGACAGAUUUUAUUGGAUAAAUUAAACGAUCAAGAACAAGCAAAAAAAAUUAUAGAAGAUGUAGAAGCUAUGUUAGAUAAUGCUGAUGGCAUUACCACAGUUCAUGGAAGAUUUUAUUUGUUAGCCAGUCGUCUUUAUCGUUUGCAAGGAAAACAUGCUGAAUACUAUCGUACUGCUCUAAGAUAUCUGGGCUGUAUUGAUUUAAGUACCUUAAGUAGACAAGAACAGGAACAACAUGCGUUUUUUCUUGGUUUAGCUGCACUCUUGGGUGAAGGUGUUUAUAAUCUUGGGGAAUUGCUAGCUCAUCCUGUUUUACAAUCUUUGAAGGGCACAUCAAAUUCUUGGCUUGUCGAUUUAUUGCAAGCUUUCAAUGCUGGUGACAUUGCUGCACUAGAACGAUUAAAACCUCAAUGGAGCAAAGUUGCUGAUCUAGCUGCACAAGAAUUAAAACUGAGGCAAAAAAUUUCUUUACUGUGCCUGAUGGAAAUGACGUUCAAACGGCAAGCUAACAACAGACAACUAACAUUCACAGAAAUUUCUCAAGAAACUCGAUUACCUCUUGGUGAAGUUGAACUGUUAGUAAUGAAAGCUUUAGCUCAAGGUUUGGUUCGUGGUGCUAUCGAUCAAGUAGCAGGAACAGUGAACAUGACGUGGGUACAACCUCGCGUAUUGGAUCGUAGUCAAAUAGCUGGAAUGGUUCAGAGACUUGAUGGAUGGUGUAAAGAUGUUAGCUCAAUGGAGCGACUAUUGGAAUCUAGAGCUUCUGACAUUCUUACUCUUUAAUAUUAGGUUCUAUAUACUUUUACUGAUUUAUCUGUAAUUUGUACUUCUGUAUGUUAAUUAACUCAUCG